AGCUGAUGAAACAUUGCUUAAAUGCCAGGACAGGUUAUGUGUCGUUGAAUUUGUGCAGCAUUGAAUUUUCAUAUUUAUGGACUCAUGAUAAGAAGUAUAAUCUUUUAAGCAACAAGCGACGUCAGACCGAAUGUUAACACAAUGACGGAGGAAGCGAAAGUCACUCACUCAAUGCAAAGCCUGACAUGUUUGUUAUGUGUUGGCACAGUCAUCGAUGCUACAGAUCUUUCUUGCGGACAUUCAUUCUGCAGAACAUGUUUGAAAAUGUACGACGCAUCUUAUCCAGGACGGGACCACAUCGUAUGCCCUGACUGCAAGGAACUCACCCAGUUAUCAGAAAAACGAAUCGAUGGCUUCCCUUCCAAUGCAACUAUCAACGGACUCCUUGAAGAGCAUUUCCGUAAAGCGGAUGAUGACAUCACAGGAGCCAAUCCGCAGUGCAACACCUGCGAACUUCAGGAAAAUGCCGUUUGCUUAUGCAGUUCAUGCAACAACUUCAUGUGUGAGCAGUGCCUACAAUGUCAUCAACAUCUGAAAAGCGUCUUUGGAAACCAUGAUAUUAUUUACUUACGGGAUAGCAAUUCACCAUGCGGACAGUACCCAUCUCGGUUUUGCUCGACUCAUAUUUUAGAACUUAACAGCAUCUUCUGUGAAAAAUGUGUCCGAUAUAUUUGUGUGAAGUGCGUGUUUAAUCACCGCGAUCACAAUCUGAAAAAGAGUGAUCAAUUAGUUAGUGAACUGAGGGAGAAAGUUGAAAACCUCAGUGAACGAAGUAAGAUGAAGAAAGCACGGUUACAAAGGAAUAUCAAACAAAAAGUAUUGCAAAUGCAGAAUGUGCAGUCACUUGUGAAGGAACUCAGGGUAGCUGAGUACGAUGUGUACAAGGAGAAGGAGAAGAAAUUGAGAGAAAAUCACCAAGUACUAGUUGCGGAAAUAGAUGCACUGGAGCAGGAUUUCCUUCGCAUUCUUAGCUCUUUGAAAGAAAGUGAUCGGCAGAGAAUUAGAAGCAUCUGUAGCAAGACAUCAUUGAUCAACAGUUGCAAACUCGGUUGUCUUGAGAAAAACAGUUUAUGUACUCAUGCCUUGUUUUGCGAAGAGCUAGAAACCAUGCUGGAAACGGGUAUUGAUGACGAGUCUGCUGUAACGGUUGCAGAGAUGACAAAGAGCUAUACAUUCCAGUCUUUGAGAGAGGAUAACACACUGGAACUUGGACAUAUAACCAUGAAAUCAUCCCCCACCCAGUUACAUGUGACAAAGUCCGUCAGUCUUUGUGGCCAAAUGUGGGGAAUCACCAAAUAUUCUAGCGAGGACAUCGCUGUGGGAUACUGGGGUGAUCACUGCGGUAUUGAUAUUAUUCAUUCUUCGGGCAAUUCGAAGCAGUAUCACAAAUUUCCACCCUUUGUAGAAUGUUGCGACUUGGUGUUUCAAGAAGAUGGCACGCUGUACGCAUCAACUACCAAAAAUGAAGUGCGUAUGUAUUCGGCAAAGGGUUAUUGGGAAUCAACGAUUGCUUUGGAAAGUGAUGGGUAUCUCCUUGCAUUAAGCAGAAGCCCGUCGGAUGAAAUACUUCUCACUAAUGGGUCAAAUCAUAUAUACAUAUAUGAUUCGACGGGUAGCAAAGUAGAACAUACGGUGCAAACAAAAUACGUUACCCUACAGGUAUCUGCCACAAGUACUGGUCUUAUGGUGGCAAGUUGUUCCCGUACAAUAGAACCUGAUGUGGUUGUCGUAUACGACAGAAACGGUAACGGUGGCAAGCUCCUAGAUGCUCCCAAGAAUAGCUGCCUCUACCCUGCAGUUGACCAAGAGGAUAGGGUGUAUAUAGCAAGCGUUAACUGUGAGACUGGCAGAAUGAAGAUCACCCGUUACGUCAUUGAAGGUUUGGACCUUAGGGAAACAUCGGAGUUCAUCCACACUGACUUUGUUCUUCUACAGCAUGGAUGGUGUUGUCUUGUAGCCCUAUCUCCAAAUAACCUUGCAUUUGCCUGUAAUGACAAAGUUCACUUCAUAAAUGUUUCGAUUUGACUUUUUUAAACAAAAGCAAGUGCACACCAAGUUACCAACAAUGCAUGUAGCAUUUCCAUUUAUUUGAAAGCAGGAGAAACAAAGAGCAUUGUACAUCAAUUGAUUUGCUCACGGGCAUAGGUGUCGCGGCCGGGGAUCGAAUCCCGGUCUUUCCAUGUAUAGCGCCAGGCGCCUUAGACCACUUAAAGGGAAGACUUAAAGGGAAGAAUCGAUGUAAAAGGUUUCUCGACAUGGUCCUCUUCAGUCCAGACGGAAAAGCUCUUGUUUUAUAAUAGUAGUCAAAGGUUUGUUCUUGAGUGAUUAUAAACUAAUUAUCGGACGUGUUAGUUUUGAAACCUGAUUUUGACUUUGGUGCAGGCUCAGUAUGAUGUGAAAAAUAAAGCAAAUCACGUUAUUGUAUGUAAUCUUAUAAUUGCAAAUUUGUUAUAUACAGUUGGCUUAAAUUUUAUGCAGUAUGAUUCAUUGCCCCCUCCAUCAAAGAAAAGCUAUACACUUCCUUGUUAGACCCCACCUUGAUUACGCUGUUGCAUCAUGGGACCCCUACACACAUGACACAGACGAAUAUAGAUAGUAUUGAGAGAGUCCAAAACAGAGCGGCUAGAUUUGUCGCUAACACGUACGGACGUGACACUAGCAUCAGUGCAAUUCUUAAGGACUUAGAAUGGGCCCCACUCCGUGAAAGAAGGAAAUGUCAUCGCCUAACUUUCCUUGACAAAAUCAUGAAUGGCCAUCUAGAUACAGAUUAUGAAAACUUCAUCAAGCCCAAGCCAUCAAGAGGCAGAAAAGGACACACUCGACAAUUACAACAGCAGUACACAAACUCAGACUCAUUUGUCAAUUCCUUCUUUAUCCGAACUAUCAACCAGUGGAAUAGCCUUCUACCAGAAACUGUAGACCAGCCAUCAGCGACAACUUUCAAAAAUGCCCUUACUAAAGACCCAAUAAUUUACAAAAACCUGGACCACACUAUCCGGCACACCUCCAGUUAAAACUCUUCUUUGGGGUAUUUCGGAGGAACAUCAUACCAAGUACCAAGCACACAAAGACAUGAGCCUUAAUUCUUUCAGCACUCAUCAGAGAGCUCGACGGACAAUUAUUCUUAUCCUGCCUGCACGUAUCUACUUAUUACAAAACUUGGAUGGAUAGGUUUCCUGAUGUGUAAUCAGAAAGUGUUCAUAAUUGUAAUUAUUGGAGUAUAGAAUUUCAUGCAGUUGUAGAAAAUGAAUUGUAGUUUACGGGUGUAAAUAUAUAAAGAAUAUAGUCUUGUAAUUGUAAUAUUACACACAUCUAAAGUGCCUCAAACAUAUCAACGCAUCUA